CUUGUCCUUUCCAACAUCUCACAGCCAUUUCACUAGACAGCUUAGCUAGCAGGUAGCUGAGAGAGUUCCUUCGAUCUCGAUCUCUGCACGGCGACGAUAAGAUAAGCAAUGGCAGUCUCGUCGCCGGCGCCGUCGUCUCUGCAUGUGCCGAUGGCCGCUGCGGCACUAUUAGGGAUGCUGAUGAUGAUGUCGUCGGCGCCGGAGAUGAAGGUGGAGGCGGCCGGCGGGUUGUCCGUCGGGUUCUACGCCGAAUCGUGCCCCAAGGCGGAGGCGAUCGUCCGGGACACGGUGACCAAGGCGUUCGAGAAGGCGCCCGGCACGCCGGCCGACCUCAUCCGCCUCUUCUUCCACGACUGCUUCGUCCGCGGAUGUGACGCAUCGGUGUUGCUGGAGUCGACACCAGGGAACAAGGCGGAGAGGGACAACAAGGCGAACAACCCUAGCUUGGAUGGGUUUGACGUCGUCGAUGAUGCCAAGGACCUCCUCGAGAAGGAGUGUCCACACACCGUCUCUUGCGCCGACAUCCUCUCUCUCGUGGCUCGUGAUAGCGCCUACCUUGCUGGUGGGCUCGACUUCGAGAUCCCAACAGGUCGUCGUGAUGGCUUCGUCUCUAAGGAGGAUGAGGUCCUCUCCAACGUCCCUCACCCGGAGUUCGGUGCCAAAGACCUCCUCAAAAACUUCACCGCUAAAGGUUUUACGGCGGAGGAGAUGGUGACGCUGUCGGGGGCGCACUCUAUCGGCACGUCUCACUGCUCAUCGUUCACAAACCGGCUGUACAAGUACUACGGCACGUACGGCACGGACCCGUCGAUGCCGGCGGCGUACGCGGCGGACAUGAAGAGCAAGUGCCCGCCGGAGACGGCGGCGCAGCAGGACGCGACGAUGGUGCAGCUCGACGACGUGACGCCGUUCAAGAUGGACAACCAGUACUACAGGAACGUGCUCGCCGGGAACGUCACGUUCGCCUCCGACGUGGCCCUCCUCGACACGCCGGAGACGGCGGCGCUCGUCAGGCUCUACGCCGCCGGCGACCCCGCAGCCUGGCUCGCCCGCUUCGCCGCCGCGCUGGUCAAGGUCAGCAAGCUCGACGUGCUCACCGGCGGCGAGGGGGAGAUCAGGCUCAACUGCUCCAGGAUCAACUAAUUAACUCAAAUUAAAUUCGCGUGAAGUUUGUGAUUCUCAUAUAUACAAACACUACUGCCCUGUUGCCAUGCAUGCAUGAGGCUCAUUUGAUUUAUUUUUCCUUAUAUGUUUGUGCAUGAUUCAAUGUACUACUACUACUACAACAACUUUUGUUUAUUUUUAUUUUCAGUUUCAUUUUUUACCUUUUGAUGCUGAGUGUGCCAAUUGGGCAAAAAUAAAUUGUGCUUCUGACCAUAUAUAUGGGUGAAUUUAUUCAAGGAGUAAAAUGUGUGCUAUUCAUGUUUUA